UCAAUUCGAGAGAUUGAGAUUCAUCUACUGCGCAUGCGUAAAGCUAAUUGCAUCGUGGGCUGCCGGCUGACCUUACAUGACCUUACUAGCAUUUUAUAAGGGCUUGUGAUUGUCCAGUUUUAUAUGAGCCAGGAGAACAGAAAACGUCCAGGUGAUUCGCAUCCUGAUCAGAAACCAAGCAAGAAAUCAGUAACCAUGGCCAAAGUUGGAAUUAAUGGAUUUGGACGAAUCGGUCGCCUUGUGUUGCGUGCUGCAGUCAUGAAGGGAGGCUGCACUGUGGUUGCUGUUAACGACCCGUUCUUGGACGUGGAGUACAUGGCCUACUUGUUCAAGUACGACUCCACUCACGGACGAUUUGAUGGAACGGUGGAAACUAAGGAGGGACAGCUGAUCAUCAACGGCAACCCUGUCGCCGUCUAUGCUCUCCGCAACCCAACUGAGAUCCCCUGGGAGAAACACGGCGCUGACUAUGUUGUGGAAUCCACUGGAAUCUUCACGACCACUGAGAAAGCCUCGGCUCAUCUGAAGGGUGGUGCCAAGAAGGUCAUCAUCUCCGCUCCCUCUGCUGAUGCCCCCAUGUUCGUGAUGGGCGUCAACCAGAAAACCUACGACCCUGCUAGCAUGCAUGUAGUCAGUAAUGCUUCCUGCACUACCAACUGUCUGGCUCCUCUGGCUAAAGUGAUCAACGACAAGUUUGGCAUUGUAGAGGGUCUCAUGACCACCAUACACGCCUACACUGCCACUCAGAAGACCGUCGAUGGACCAAGUGGAAAGAAAUGGCGUGAUGGUCGUGGUGCCUGUCAGAACAUCAUUCCAGCCACCACUGGAGCAGCCAAGGCCGUGGGCAAGGUCAUCCCAGUACUCGAUGGUAAGCUGACCGGGAUGGCGUUCCGUGUGCCCACACCUGACGUGAGUGUGGUGGAUCUCACUGUGCGUCUGGAGAAGUCGGCUAGCUACGAUGAGAUCAAGGCCACCAUGAAGGCUGCAUCAGAGUCACCAGAUCUCAAGAACUACAUCGGCUACACUGAAGAUCAGGUGGUGAGCAUGGAUUUCCGUAGCGACACUCGCUCUAGCAUCUUUGAUGCUGGCGCUGGCAUAUCCCUCUCCCCCAACUUUGUCAAACUGGUGGCCUGGUACGAUAAUGAGUUUGGGUACAGCUGCCGUGUUGUGGACCUCAUCACUUACAUGGCCUCCGUGGCUUAGGCGGACUCUAUAGCUGGAACUGAGCUUGUCAACGUUAUAGUCAGAAAGUACUGGCAGUUUAGAUAUGAUUAUUGUUAUUCAAUGUUUCAUUUUAUCAGUGCAAUCGUUCAUGUAGCUAUCGUUGUUGAAUAUUAAAAAGAACAAA